AUGGAAGCAUGGUCGUGGUCAGUUCGUAUCCUGAUGUGCAGGAUCACUCCCACUCGUGAUGCUCGCUGCGUGCGCGUAUCAAACCCCACGGAAUCCUCUCAGUCCUCAAGAACACCCUCCUAUCGGAUCGGACCUGGUUUAGGCUCAUUCUUAAAAGUUCAUGAAACGGGCACUUCAAAUGUGGAUAUCCCAGCAAACCUUUCUCCGCCCAAAUCCGAUUAUCAAUCCGUCGAACAGCCUGGUGACGAUCCGUCUUCAGUGUUCAACCUUUUAGAUGACGGUGAGUCACCAUUAUUUUGCAUACGAAUUUCAUGGUGA